AUGACUUCACAUACCGCUCAGAACAUGGGGGCGUCACCACAGAGCGUGGAGAAGAUCACUCGAAUUGCCCAAGACUACGAGUACAACCCUCUAAUACCGCUGCGAAACUGGUUAAGAACUGCCUCUACGUUGAUUAGAGAGGCCCGGAUCUACGAACGAGAAGGACAUGACGAACAAACAUAUCUACUCUUGUUUCGACACGCACAGCUGGUGCUCGUGAACCUAGCAAAACACCCCGAAGCCAAAGAUGAGAAGUACAGAAAGGCUCUGAUGGAAGCCGAGAAAGAAGUUCAGAUCAAUCUGGGAAAACUUGAGGCGCUGAAACCCCGGAUCAACAAACGCUAUGAGCGUUUUGUUCAGUUGAUGCGUGAACGCCAAAGUCGAACCCCAUCCCACGAAACGAGCAGUGGCUCAUUGAACCAGACACAACCGUACGAUCCCGCGCUGGCGGGAGUUGUUGAACCCUUAGAGGCAGGAAAGAAUAGAGAUCUGGCCGUGCAGCUGGCCCGAACAGAGAUCAGUCGAAGAGCGACUGUGAGGAAAGCUUUGCGCCAGGCGGGUGUAUCACCCGGAGAAGAUCAGAGUCGCCGCACGGUGGGUGAUUGGGGCAACAGGGACGAUCGCUUGGACAAAAACGGGCCUGAUACGGACAAUGACUUGCGCCGCCGGAUUCAGGACGUCAGACUCAAUAUCGACCAGCAAGCCCAUACGGGUCUUCGCCAGCCGCAACAGAACAAGACCGUCGUACGUCCACCGACUUCUAUCUCGUCUACCUCUACGUACAAGUAUCCCACGGUACCCCGACAAAGGCCCUUGGAGUCCCUCCCAUCCACGGUGACAAAAUCGUCUCGAGAGAAAUUAGGUCUCCGCUCAGAACCUCCUUUACUGCCUCCAAAAGAGUUACCUGGUUCAAACCGUCCGGCUCCCGCCGCUGGGCUGUUGCCGCCACCACUGCCUGGCAAAAUAUCUCCAGCACCAGCUCCAGCUGUCCCAGAAAAAGCAUCAACAACAGCGGACAGUGGGAACUCGGGCUCAGGAUUGGACCCUUCCAGUUUCACCUUCAAACCUUCCGCAUAUCUCGAGAAUGGAACGCCAUUGCGCACCAUGUGGCUGCCACCGGAACUGCGGACACACUUCUUAGCUGUGGCCGCAUCUAAUACGCGCCGCAAUCUAGAAACAUGCGGCAUCCUCUGUGGUACUUUAAUCUCCAACGCACUCUUUGUGUCCCGAUUGCUUAUCCCGGAACAAACGGCGACGUCCGAUACCUGUGAAACUGUAAAUGAAACCGCGAUCUUCGACUAUUGCGAUUCAGAAGACCUGAUGGUGCUGGGCUGGAUCCACACACAUCCCACGCAGACAUGUUUCAUGAGUUCGAGGGACCUUCACACUCACUGUGGAUAUCAAGUGAUGCUCCCCGAGAGCAUUGCAAUCGUCUGCGCGCCAAGCAAAUCUCCAGAUUGGGGCGUGUUCCGACUCACCGAUCCUCCAGGGCUGAAGACGGUCCUCAACUGCACACAGACGGGCUUGUUUCAUCCUCAUGCCGAGGCCAAUAUCUACACUGAUGCGCUACGGCCUGGACAUGUCUUCGAAGCUAAGGGGCUCGAAUUUGAGACCGUAGAUCUACGUCCGAACGGAUCCUAG